GUCGCCCUCGCCUUCGUGCUGGGCGCGCCCCCCGCCUCGCUGCGACCCGCCAUAGACGCCGAGGAUUCGCUGUAUGGCGACCUCAUCGUCGGCAGAUCCAUAGACUCCUAUUCGAAUCUAACUCUUAAGACGUUGUCGAUGCUAGAGUGGGCGGACACGUACUGCCCGCGCGCGCCGCGAUUACUCAAGACGGACGACGACAUGUUCAUCAACGUGCCGCGCCUGCUCAAGUUCGCCACCGCCCCCAACAGGGUCAACGCAACCAAGACCAUCUGGGGCAAGGUGGUCAAGAAGUCGCUGCCGAAGCGCACCACCAAGUCGAAGUACUAUGUGUCACCGUUGCAGUUCCCCGGCAAGGUGUUCCCCGACUUCGCGACGGGUCCGGCGUACCUGGUGUCGGGGGACGCGGUGCGGCUGCUGCUGGGUGCGGCGGGGGGCGAGCGGUACUUGCGGCUGGAGGACGUGUUCGUGACGGGCGUGCUGGCGGCGCGGCUGAAGAUAUCGCGCGUGCACUCCGCGGAGUUCUACAACCGCAAGGUGGCGCCGCACCCGUGCGCGGUGCAGCGCGGCAUCGCCAUACACAUGGUGCGCUACCACGAGCAGUUCGACCUCUGGAGGAAACUUCUAGACGGUAAGACGAAGUGUGCCAGCUAGCGAUGACUCAACUCACACGCGCACAAAUCAAUAUUCUAUCCUUUGUAUUAAAGUAAGUACAGAUUAUUGGAUCGCCCUCUGAAUAUAUCAAGUUUUUCUAUAGCAAUAUUUAUUAAAAGCGAAUGAAUUAUUGUUUUGUGAUUGGAUAUUGAUUAGUUCUCAACUCUGAUAGAUGUUAAGUGAAAAUGAUAUAAAGAAAUAUUAAAUACUUUAGGAAAUACUCUCGAAUAAAAAUGCUCUGUUUAAUGACAAAUAUUUGAAGAAAUCAUUUUUAUAUUUUUAAAAUUUUUAAUUUUUUUAAAGGUUUUUUUUUACAAGGUGAAUUAA